UAACAGAACGCCACGUCACACAUCUGAUUUGAUCUCAACGCUUCAUCACAACCAAGCGAGAUCCAACGCACCACAUCAUUUCCAACCCCACCGUACAGAACCCUCAGACUUAGCUCAUCGUAGCUGAUAUCACUCACUUCACCGAGUCACUCCUCACACUUUAGUAUAAGAGCGAAAGAGCGUUGUUGGUGUUGACGCCAUUUCACACAUCACACACUGUACCCUCAAAAACCAAAACCACCAACAAACUCUUCCAUUUCUUCCCUCUCGUUCGUUUCUAGGGUUUGUUACUCACUGAGGUGAGCCUGACGGAGAAGAAGAACCUUCUUCCGAAAUGGAUUUGUUCGGCUCAAAUGGAAAUGACCACGAGGAUUCUCUGCCGCCACCACCACCCGUCCCACCAGAUGUUGUGCCUGCCAAAGCAGAGGAGGAGCUUCCUCCUGAGCCACCGAAGAAAACCCGGGUGCCAAUAGCCAGGCGCGGUCUAGCUUCAAAGGGUCAGAAGCUGAGUCUGUUGACCAACCACUUCAAAGUGAAUGUAAACAACACUGAAGGGGAAUUCUACCAGUAUAGUGUGGCUCUUUCUUAUGAAGAUGGGCGCCCUGUGGAAGGAAAGGGUGCUGGAAGGAAAGUGAUAGACAAAGUUAAGGAAACUUAUGACUCAGAGUUGAAUGGGAAGGACUUCGCCUAUGAUGGUGAAAAAACUUUGUUCACUGUUGGGUCUCUAGCUCGAAACAAGCUUGAGUUUACUGUUGUUCUUGAGGAUGUUACCUCAAACAGAAACAAUGGAAACUGCAGCCCUGAAGGUCAUGGAAGUCCCAACGAAGGUGAUAGGAAGAGAGUGAGGCGCCCAUACCGUGCCAAAACUUUCAAAGUUGAGAUUAGCUUUGCCGCCAAAAUUCCAAUGAAAGCCAUUUCCAAUGCUUUACGCGGGCAAGAAACUGAGAAUUAUCAAGAAGCCAUCAGAGUUCUUGAUAUCAUCCUGAGGCAACAUGCUGCCAAGCAAGGAUGCUUGCUUGUGCGCCAAUCCUAUUUCCACAAUGAUCCAAAGAAUUUUGCUGAUGUAGGAGGGGGGGUUCUCGGUUGCCGAGGCUUCCAUUCAAGUUUUAGAACCACUCAGUGUGGCCUGUCACUCAAUAUAGAUGUUUCAACUACCAUGAUUAUUACUCCUGGGCCUGUGGUGGACUUUUUAAUUGCCAAUCAGAAUGUGAGAGAUCCCUAUUCGCUUGACUGGGCAAAGGCCAAGAGGACACUUAAAAAUCUGAGGAUUAGAACUAGUCCCUCCAAUCAGGAGUUCAAGAUUACUGGUCUCAGUGAACUCCCAUGCAAAGAGCAGACUUUUACUCUAAAGACCAGAGGUGGAGCAGAUGGUGAAGAUACUACGGAAGUGACUGUAUAUGACUAUUUUGUUAAACAACGCAAUAUAGAGCUCCGCUACUCUGGUGAUCUUCCUUGUAUCAAUGUGGGAAAGCCGAAACGUCCAACAUAUUUCCCCCUUGAGCUUUGCGAUUUGGUAUCCCUGCAACGGUACACGAAAGCACUGUCAACACUUCAAAGGGCUUCUCUGGUCGAGAAAUCCAGGCAAAAACCGCAGGAGAGGAUGAGGGUGUUGAAUGAUGCCCUCAAAACCAGCAACUAUGCUUCUGAACCCAUGUUGCGUAGCUGUGGUAUUCAAAUAAACAAUAGUUUCACUCCAGUUGAAGGACGUGUUUUGCAAGCUCCAAGGCUGAAAUUUGGGAAUGGAGAAGACUUCAAUCCUAGGAACGGAAGGUGGAAUUUUAACAAUAAGAAAAUUGUCCAACCAACAAAGAUUGAGAGGUGGGCAGUUGUUAACUUCUCUGCUCGCUGUGAUGUGAAUGGACUUAUCAGGGACCUGAUUAAAUGUGGAGGAAUGAAAGGAAUUAUAAUUGAUCAGCCUUUUGAUGUAUUUGAAGAACAAAAUAGUAACAGACGUGCUCCUCCGCUUGUCAGGGUGGAGAAAAUGUUUGAAUUGAUUCAGUCUAGACUUCCUGGGGCUCCUCAGUUCCUGCUUUGUCUUCUGCCAGAGCGGAAAAACUCUGAUCUUUAUGGUCCUUGGAAGAAGAAGAACCUUGCUGACUUUGGAAUCGUUACCCAGUGCAUUGCUCCAACAAGGGUCAAUGAUCAGUAUUUGACCAAUGUUUUGUUGAAAAUAAAUGCAAAGCUUGGUGGGUUGAAUUCUUUGCUAGGUGUGGAGCACUCCCCUUCUAUUCCUAUUGUUUCAAAAGCUCCUACACUCAUUCUUGGCAUGGAUGUGUCCCACGGCUCCCCAGGGCAAUCUGAUAUUCCAUCAAUUGCUGCGGUGGUGAGCUCUAGACAAUGGCCACUGAUAUCUAAGUACAGGGCAUGUGUUCGAACACAGUCUCCCAAGGUCGAAAUGAUUGACAAUUUAUUUAAGAAAGUAUCUGAUAAAGAUGAUGAAGGAAUAAUCAGGGAACUUCUCAUUGACUUCUAUUCAAGUUCCGGAAAGAGGAAACCUGAUAAUAUAAUUAUAUUCAGGGAUGGUGUUAGCGAGUCUCAAUUCAAUCAAGUUUUGAACAAAGAACUUGAUCAAAUCAUUCAGGCCUGCAAAUUUUUGGAUGAGAACUGGGAUCCCAAGUUUUUGGUGAUGGUUGCUCAGAAGAAUCACCAUACCAAGUUUUUCCAGCCGGGAUCACCUGACAAUGUUCCUCCUGGAACGGUUAUUGAUAACAAAAUUUGUCACCCUCGGAACUAUGAUUUUUACAUGUGUGCCCAUGCUGGAAUGAUUGGUACUACCAGGCCUACUCACUACCAUGUGCUGUUAGAUGAGAUUGGUUUCUCUCCAGAUGAUCUUCAGGAACUUGUUCAUUCUCUUUCCUAUGUGUAUCAGAGGAGUACCACUGCCAUCUCUGUUGUUGCUCCAAUAUGCUAUGCUCACCUGGCUGCAACUCAGAUGGGACAGUUCAUGAAAUUUGAGGACAAAUCUGAGACCUCAUCAAGCCAUGGUGGACUCACUGCUGCUGGAGCUGUUCCUGUCCCUCAGUUGCCCAAAUUGCAGGACAGUGUUUGUAACUCCAUGUUCUUUUGUUAGAGAAGCCUCUCUGUUGGUGAUGCCUCUUUAGAGAAAACAAGGGACAAUUUUAAUUUACAUGUUGGUUUUUUAGACUUGUAAGCUUUGGCUUUUGUGGAUACAAUCAAAACCAUGUCGUAGACCUAAUGACUUGAUUGCCAUAUAAUAUGGGUAAAAGACUAAAUACCUGUGGAUGCAUUUUAGAUAUGCUUUCACAUGUGUUUUGUCUUUCCUAUUCUAUGGUAGCUUUUAGUUAAUAUAUGAAGUUAUCCAUCUGACUAAGUUUCAUCUAA